AUGACGGCUGAAGAAGUUCCCAUCCCGGGCACAGUGCACCUCAUCGACUUGGAGGGCACCAUGCAAGCGACUCACGGGUCGGGAGAAAACAAAGAUCUCAUCCUCAUCCCAACACCCACCGACGACCCCAACGACCCUCUGACAUGGUCUCCCCGACGCAAGUUGCUGGCGCUGUCGUGCAUGAUCGCGUACAUGAUGGCGGUGGGAGUCUCCACAGCAGCCAUGUACUCGGUCUUUGGUGACAUUCAGGCCAACUCGACCUUGACCUUGAACAAUCUCAACCAGGGCACAGGAUACAUGUUCCUCCUGCUAGGCUGGAGUUGCUUGUUCUGGCAACCGUUUGCACUGCAGUUCGGCAAACGUCCCACGUACCUGAUCAGUGUCCUGGGGACCAUGGGAACGAUGAUUUGGGCCCCUUACACCACGAACAAUGCGCAGUGGAUCGCCAGCAAGAUCCUCCAGGGUUUCUUCGGAUCGCCCAUCGAGAGCCUCUGCGAGAUUACCAUUACCGAUCUGUACUACACUCACCAGAGAGGAUUCUACACGGCCGUGUAUGCGCUGUCUCUGUCUGGCAGCAACCUCAGCGCUCCCAUCAUUUCGGGCUUCAUUGCCACCGGACAAGGCUGGCGAUGGGUUCUGUACUGGUGCGCCAUCCUCUGCGCCAUUGUGUUUGUCUUCCUGUUCUUCUUCAUGGAGGAGACCAACUUUGUCCGGCUCCACGUUCAAGCCUCUGUGGCCGCCGUCACGGUCGAGGAGGAAGAAAAGCGCCUUGAAAGCACGUCGGUCGAGACGCCUGCGGAAGAAACCAAGGAAUCCGCAGUGACCGGCACCAACAACAUCGGCUCGAUCAACACCUCCGAGCUCGACGAGGGAGUGGUGUCUCAAGACCAACAACAACGACAACGACGGCAACAAAAACCCAAGACGUACCUGACCAAGCUUCAACUCUGGCAAAAGGAGGACCUGCGGAAGGAAAACCACUUCUGGGGCAUGGUGAAGCGGCCCCUGAUCUACCUGCGCUUCCCCGUCAUCGUGUUCUGCGGCUUCUACUACGGGUCCAGCCUGGUGUGGUUCAACGUGCUCAACGCCACCUCGGCGCUCAUCCUCUCCGGGACCUACGGGUUCAGCACCAGCAUGGUCGGCGUGUCCUACAUCGCGCCCCUGCUGGGGGUGUUUGUCGGCGCCGCCUACACCGGCAUCUGGGGCAACCGGGUCACCCUGGCCAUGGCCCGCCGGAGGGGCGGCAUCCUCGAGAGCGAGUACCGCCUCUGGCUCCUCACCCCGGCGAUCGUCCUGCUGCCGUUCGGCCUGAUCCUCUGGGGCGUCGGGUCCAGCCGGGGGAUCCACUGGUUCGGCGCCGUCUUCGCCGCCUUCGUCGUCUCGGGCGCGAGCGCUAUCUCCGUCCAGGGCAUGUGCAACUACUGCAUCGAGUCGUACCGCGCGCUGAGCGGCGAGGCCAUCGUCACCGUCAUCCUGAUCCGGAACACGAUGAGCUUCGCCAUCGGCUACGGGGUCACGCCCUGGGUCCAGAACCUGGGCCACCAGAACGCCUUCAUCGUGGCCGCCGCGGCCGCCAUGGUCCAGUGCGCCACGGUCCUGGUCAUGAUCUGGAAGGGCAAGAGCCUGCGCAAGAAGAGCGCAGCUCGGUAUGCCCAGUACGUGGAAAAGAUGGCGGCUGUCGGCAUGGCUCACUAG